AUGUGCUUGCUGCAACGCUUUUAUGAUCCACAGGAGGGGCAGAUCUACAUCGGUGCCGAGCGACGCCCUUUGAAGUCCUUGAACAUCCGCUGGUGGCGCAAACAGAUUGGAUUCGUGGGACAGGAACCCAUCCUCUUCAACAGCACGGUGCGAGAGAACAUUUUGUACGGAAUGGAGAAGGAUGACCAAGUCACAGAGGAACACAUCAAGAAGUGCAAGGAGAUGUGCAAUUUAGGUUUCCUGUACACCGAUGGCAACACUGGAUUGAACACAGAGGUGGGUCCCCGUGGAAGUCGUCUGUCGGGGGGACAGAAGCAGCGCGUGGCCAUUUGCCGCGCCCUGCUGCGCGAACCCAAAGUCAUGCUGCUGGAUGAGGCCACAUCAGCAUUGGAUUCGCAAAGCGAACAGCUGGUGCAACAGGCGUUGGAGGCGGCCCUGGCCAACCGCACCAGUUUUGCCAUCGCGCAUCGCCUCAGUACCGUUCAAGGUUGCGACCUGAUUUUGGUGAAUGCGGAUGGACGCGUGGUGGAAAGUGGAACGCAUGGGGAACUGAUGAUGAUGAAAGGUGUUUAUUACCAACUUCAAAUGCAAUCGCAAAAGUAG